UUUCUGUUGCGCAUUGCCUCACAAAUCAGAGUUUUGUGAAGUUUAUAUUAAUUUAAUUGUCAUAUUUUGACUGAUUUUGGCGAUUUUCAAUUAUUUCAACGCAGCAUGGAUCAGAUAGCUCUCAUAGUUUGCUGAAGAAUGUGGCUUUUGCUUGGUUAUUUUCAAGUUAUCUGUGAUUUGGUGCGCCGUGAUCGUAGCAUGAUACAAAUUAUAUCAAAUUGAAUCAACUUUUGAAGUGAAGUUCACAUGAAAAAUCAAAAGUUCAAGCAUAAUAAUUGUUUAAACAUAAUGAUGCAACAUGUGUCUCCCAGAUGGAACUUAUGUUUCAAUUGAAAACUGAAAAUGGAAAACAGAAGAUGGAUCUGCGGAGUUACUGAGAUCACAAGGGUAAGCUCACGGCCCGGGAGCGGAUCGAGCUGCUCUGCGACGCCGGCACCUUCGUCGAGUACGAUGCGUUCGCCGAGCACACGUGCUCCGAUUUCGGCAUGGCCGAGCACCGGGUGGCCGGCGACAGCGUGGUCACCGGCCGCGGCUCGGUGUUCGGACGGCCCGUGUUCAUCUUCAGCCAGGACUUCACCGUGUUCGGCGGCAGCCUCAGCAGCAUACACGCCAAGAAAAUCUGCAAGGUGAUGGACCAGGCGCUGCUGACCGGGGCGCCCAUCAUCGGGCUGAACGACUCGGGCGGCGCGCGCAUCCAGGAGGGCGUCGAGUCGCUGGCCGGCUACGCUGACAUCUUCCUGCGCAACGUGAUGGCCUCGGGGGUGGUGCCGCAGAUAUCGAUGAUCAUGGGUCCGUGCGCGGGCGGCGCCGUGUACUCGCCGGCGCUCACCGACUUCACGUUCAUGGUCAAGGACACAUCGUACCUGUUCAUCACCGGGCCAGACGUCGUCAAGUCGGUGACCAAUGAGGACGUGACGUUCGAGGAGCUGGGCGGGGCCAGUGUGCACACCUCCACCUCGGGCGUGGCGCACAACGCGUUCGAUAACGAUGUGGACGCGCUUCUGACGCUGCGCGCGCUCAUGAAUUUCCUGCCGGUGAACAACACGGAGGCGGUGCCGGUGCGGCCCUCGGACGACCCCUGGGACCGCGACGUGCCGGGGCUGGACACGGUGGUGCCGCUGGAUCCGAUGGCCGCCUACGACAUGCACAGCGUCAUCACAUCGCUCGUCGACGAGGGAGAGUUCUUCGAGCUGAUGCCCGCCUACGCUAAGAACAUCCUCAUCGGCUUCGGCAGGCUCAAUGGCAGGACGGUCGGCAUCGUCGGCAACCAGCCCAAGGUGGCCGCAGGCUGCCUGGACAUCAACUCGUCGGUGAAGGCGGCGCGUUUCGUGCGCUUCUGUGACGCGUUCGCCAUCCCGCUGGUGACGUUUGUAGACGUGCCCGGCUUCCUUCCCGGCACGGCGCAGGAGCACAGCGGCAUCAUCCGCCACGGCGCCAAGCUACUCUACGCCUACGCCGAGGCCACUGUGCCCAAAAUCACCGUCAUCACGCGCAAGGCGUACGGCGGCGCGUACGACGUGAUGUCAUCCAAACACCUGCGCGGAGACACCAACUACGCCUGGCCAACGGCCGAGAUCGCCGUGAUGGGCGCCAAGGGAGCCGUCUCCAUCCUGCACCGGGGCGACCCGGACCCGGCCGCGCGCGAGGCCGAGUACACGGCCAAGUUCGGCAACCCGUUCCCGGCGGCCGUGCGCGGCUUCGUGGACGACAUUAUCGAACCGCGCCACACGCGGCGCCGACUCUGCCAGGACCUCGAGAACCUCGCCGGAAAGAAGCGCAAGAACCUCGAGAAGAAGCACGGCAAUAUUCCGCUCUAAUCGGCGCCGUCCAGCUCGAGGCUGGGAUGGUGUCAGUGCGGGGCCGGGGGCUGAGGACGAGAAUUCCCUGUCGUGGCGAGGGUCGGGUAGGUGGACAAUGUUUGAUGUAAGCACGGGUCAGUCUGUGAGUAUUUGUAUCAGGACGUCGGCAUCGCGUCCCGCUCAGUCGAAUCCAGCGUGAAAUGUGAUAGGUGCCCGGUCGACCGGUGGAGAUAUUUCGAACCCUCAUUUUUCUAAGACAGUAGCGCGGCGUGGGGUGGGAGCCGUUGGUAAUCAUGUGUGUCUCACUUAAUCAUGCUCGUGGCUAGCAGGGUGGUUUGCCGGGCCAUACGUCCUUUACGUCCUGCCGGGCCAUCCUGUGUCCAGUAUAGUCUAUUUUGUUUAUGACGUGUCGCGGAAACGAAUCCUCUGUUGUGCAAUAUAGAACGUAAGGCAACAUGUC